AUGGGGAGAAACAGGAAGGUGCAGACCCCUGUAGAAUCUGGAGUAGACUCACCUAGAGAGACUACAGGUCACAUGGACGAUUACCUGGCUACACCCAAUGGCUUACAAGACACAAGGCAUGCAGACAAGAUGGCAGCAGCCUCCCCGAGCUCUGAUAGUGUUGGAGAAAUAAUGUCGGGAUUGGUGAAAGAAGACACCCUGACACUGUUCUCAGCGGACUCGGCCUCCAUAUCAGCUAACGUGCUCACCCAUGAGGACUGGAAAGCUAUGGUGGCGGAACUGCACUCUGUUAUCUGGGAGAAGAUCAUGCAGUUUCGCUUUGACCUUACAGCCCUAGAAUCUAGGGUGGAAGACCUGGAAACAGAUUGCCAGCAGUUAACCCACUGCCAGCAGUCUGCGGAGCUUACCAUCUCAAGACAAGGCUUCAUGCUCCUGGAAUUCCAUAGACAGGUCAAGGACCUGGAUAACCAGGGCUGGCUGACUAACAUCUGCUUCAGGGGAUUGCCUGAGACCGAGGGGGAACCCCUUAUGGAGGUACUUAAGUGCCUGUUUACGCAAAUACUUGGAGAUGACACUCCAGCCAACUUCAAACUAGAAAGAACACACAGGGUCUUUCGGCCACCAAGAUGGGAUGGUCUGCCACAGGACAUUAUCUGUUGUUUCCGCUCUUUUAGGCUCAAGGAUGCUAUUAUUCAGGUUACCCAACCACUGCAAUCUACCCAUAUAUGGAUGCGCAGAUCACACUCUACCAGAACCUGUCAGUCCUUACUCUUGAAGCCAGAAAAGCACUGA